GUGGGCAUCGUACUGGAAAAGACAUUUCGGGGAGAACGAGAGGUUUUAUCAGUACACGUCGGCCAGGGAGGCGUUCAGAUUGGAAAUGCGUGUUGGGAAUUAUAUUGCCUGGAACAUGGAAUUCAGCCGGAUGGACAAAUGCCUUCAGAUAAAACUGUGGGAGGAGGAGAUGACUCUUUCAGUACAUUUUUCAGCGAGACAGGAGCAGGAAAGCACGUGCCACGAGCGGUCCUCAUGGAUUUGGAACCGACGGUAGUUGAUGAAGUGCGGACGGGAACCUACAGACAACUGUUUCACCCAGAAACACUCAUUACAGGCAAAGAGGAUGCUGCAAAUAACUACGCCCGCGGUCAUUACACAGUCGGCAAAGAAAUGAUGGAUUUAGUUCUCGAUCGCUUAAGAAAAUUAGCCGAUCAAUGCGCUGGUAUGCAAGGUUUUCUAAUUUUCCAUUCAUUUGGGGGCGGCACUGGUUCGGGAUUUGUAUCCCUCAUGAUGGAACGUCUUGCUGUGGACUACGGAAAGAAAAGUAAGCUCGCCUUCUCUAUUUAUCCUUGCCCACAGAUCUGCACAGCCGUCGUAGAACCGUAUAACUCCAUCUUGGCUUGUCAUUCAACUAUGGAGCUUUGCGAUUGCGGUUUCAUAAUCGACAAUGAAGCAUUGUAUGAUGUAUGCAGAAGAAACCUCGAUAUUGAAAGACCAACAUACACCAACUUGAAUCGACUUCUCGGGCAAGUUGUUUCUUCAAUUACGGCGUCUUUGCGAUUCGAUGGUGCCGUGAACGUAGAUUUCACUGAAUUCCAAACAAACUUGGUGCCUUAUCCACGAAUUCACUUCCCACUGUCCACAUAUGCCCCUGUGAUAUCGGCUGAGAAAGCUUAUCACGAAAUUCUGGACACAAGUGAAAUAACUAGCGCCUGUUUCGAACCGGCUAACCAACUGGUCAAAUGCGAUCCCAGGCAUGGAAAAUAUAUGGCGUGCUGCUUGCUGUUUCGUGGAGAUGUCGUGCCUAAGGAUGUGAAUGCAACGAUAGCCACUAUCAAAUCAAAACGAAGCAUUCAGUUCGUGGAUUGGUGUCCCACUGGAUUCAAAGUAGGUUUGAACUAUCAGCCGCCGACGGUCGUUCCGGGUGGCGAUUUAGCUAAAGUGCAAAGGGCAGUGUGCAUGCUUUCCAAUACCACGGCCAUAGCGGAGGCAUGGGCAAGAUUAGAUCAUAAGUUCGAUCUCAUGUACGCAAAGCGUGCGUUUGUCCACUGGUACGUCGGCGAGGGUAUGGAGGAAGGAGAAUUUGCCGAAGCCCGAGAAGAUUUGGCAGGCCUGGAGAAGGAUUAUGAAGAAGUGGGAAUGGAUUCGGGAGAAGGAGAAGCGGAAGGCGAAGGCGAAUAUUAA